GUUGUUCAGGUUUGGCAUCAGCUUUCAACCCGAGAAUGUAACCACGGUAUCAUCUCUAAUCAACACAUGUUCUUGCUGGUUCAUCGCUCUGGGAACAACCUACACAUAUCCCCCUCAUACCAAUACCAGCCAGACGAUAACGAUGCACUGGCGGCCACACUGUCAGAUCUGAGCUUUUUCAUAGCCCAUUCCUUGGUGGCUAGACCGGGUAACAGUGGCACUACUCAGUUGCCCGGUCCCACAUGCUUACCACUCCAGAUGUGCAGACCUGGAAAGGCUACUAUAAGAUCAGAGGUCUCACCAUCCAAUAUGGAUUCCCCUCAACUCAUCUUCACCACAUCUGGGUGUUCGUCAGUCCCCAUUGCAUUAUCUGAUGUGGACCAAUUCAAUCCACCCUCUCACUUUUCUACCCCAGUGGUCCUGGACAGGCGGAUAUCAAACAACCGGCUGGCAGUCUUUAGUGGGCACAUGGGUGAUUCUGCAGUGGUGAUGAAAAUGGCUGAGGAUGAUCUAUGUGAAGAGCUGUUGCUUGAAGCCGAGAUUUAUCAGGCCCUGCAGACCAUUCAAGGAUCAGUGGUUCCUACAUGUCUAGGAUUGUAUUCUGGGUCAGGCGCCUUGUUCCUUCUGACAGAUGAUGUAGGGGUGUCACCGAAUUCUUUCCUGGACCUGGAAAUUGAUCAGAGACAUCAUCUUCUCAGGUCACUACUUGCUAUUCACCAGCUGGGAGUGAAGCACAAUGACAUGGUGGCUGCCAAUGUUGCAAUCAACAAAUCCAAUGUGAUCAUACUGGAUUUUGGGGCAUCUGAGCUUGGCCAUGUGUGUCCUGGCGCAUUCCAUUGCCCGGAGUUGCUUGAAUGUGCCGUUACUUUGGGUGUGGAUAUGAAGGAUUUACAUCUGACAUGA